AUGGAACGGCGCAAGCUCGCCAAAGCGGACCGGGAAAAAAGGCUCCGCAGCGGCGGCGGCGGCGGCGGCUACGGCGACGGCGACGUCGGGGAGGAUUACGACGACGAUAACGAUGACGGCGACAACGACGGGACGUUUAUCGGCAGGACGCAUUUCGAGCGCGUGCGGGAAAUGACGGCCGAGUUCGACCGUAUAAGGGCAAAAUUCCUCAAAAAGACGGAUGCCAAGCUCGCCCUCGAGCGGGAGGAGCGGGACUUCCCCGAGCGGGAGCCCGGUCACCAGGGGCGACGCAGCCAGGGCCGUCGGGGCAAGCAGCAGAACCGUCGCCGCGACUACAAUGAGUACGACGAUGGGGGCCAUGAUAAUGAUGAUAACGAUUAUGAUGAUGAUUAUGAUGACCUCGACAGCAGAAGAGGAGGAGGGAACGACAGAGACGGCAAGCGCGGCGAGAAGGGAGCUUCUCGGCGACGCGUUGACAACAACUACUCACCCGUACCGCCCCGCGACUCGCGCCGCUCGGGUCUGGGAGGAGACGCGCGCGACCGUAAUGGCGGCGGCGGCGGCGGCAAUUCGAGCUCGAAGAAACAACGGGCCGCCCGGUCGCCAUCCAUCUCUCAUUCCCGCUCCCUUUCCCGGUCCCGCUCUCGAUCUCGGUCGGAUGCCGGGACCCAGCGCAAGGCGGCGGCCGAGGACGCGGGCGAGACCAGGUCCAAGCAUGGUGGUGGACGGGAUGAUGCCAGGGAUCGGGCGCGGGCGCGGGGUGGGGGUGGUGAUUCUGAGAAGGCGAAUCGUCGUCGAGGAGGAGACGAUGGCAGAUAGGCGCAGGACCGUGGAGGAGAUACAAAUGUGCAGAUUAGUGGGCAGGUACCUACAUAGUACAUGACA